UUGUCAAUUCGCGUGUGUACUUCAAGUGUUCGGAUAUCUCCCGAAGAAUUCGGGGAAAUGCAGCAAAAAGUGCAGGAAAGCCAAACAACCUAGUAAAUGGAUUUAGGAAAAGCAUUAUCUGAACUUCCUUUACCUAAACUUUUCGUGUUUGACCUAGAUUAUACUCUUUGGCCUUUUUGGUGUGAUACUCAUGUUGUUCCACCGUUCCAUAAAAAUAAGAAAGGAACUGUAACUGAUAAAUGUAAAUUCCCAAUUGUGUUAUACAAUGAAGUAUUGGAUAUACUACCAGCUUUAAAGGAAAAAGGAUGCUUAUUAGCAGCUGCAUCAAGAACACAUACACCAGAUAUUGCAGAAGAACUACUACAAUUGCUUGAUAUAGGAAAGUAUUUUGACUUUAAAGAAAUUUAUCCUGGUUCGAAAGUAAAGCAUUUUAAAAAGUUUAAGGAAAACAGUGGAAUACAGUAUGAAGAGAUGAUAUUUUAUGAUGAUGAGCAAAGAAAUAUUGUUGAAAUUGGUAAACUUGGUGUAACAACACAGUAUGUCAAUGAUGGUCUUACUAUAACAGAUGUAAUAAAUGGGAAGAAGAAUUGUGCAAGAAAAGAAUACGGAAUUAAAGAUUGCAAAUACAUCGUCAAAAAAAAUCAUAAAUUGCAGAAAGAUUGCAACUGAUAUUGUGUCAAGAGAUUGCAGAAGUUAAAAUUGUGAAUUAAAGCAAUGAUCCAUGAAAUUUCCAUGAAAUCGCUUGUUAAUUUUUUUCAUCUUUGGCAUUAAGAUUUUUUCCCUUAAAAAAAAAGGCAGGGGUUUUCCCUGAAAGCCUUCAUAUAGCAAAACAAUUACAGAAAUACCUCAUCUUUUUCUUGGAAAUCGACAAAAUUAGAUCGCCAAUUUAAUUUUAUUCUUGGAAUUGCAGAAGAAACGAUAGAUUUUUUUAUUGGAAUGAAUUUGUACAUUUUACAACUGCUAAAUUUUUAUCACUGAGGCAUAAAGUAGUUUGGGAUAUAUAUGACCGAAAAAAAUGCAUAAUUAUGUUGAGAAAUGCUGAUGAGUUCUUCCCUGGAGAUCUGCUAAUCUAGUCAGCGGGCGUAAAAAAGAACAAAAUUUAGAAACUUUUAGUUUAAAUAAAAACUGCAUAUAUUCUGAAUUUUUUUUGUUGCCAAACGUAAGAAUAAGGAUAGGGGAACAAUACCAAAAAAGGUUGAUCAAAUUUCUUUUAGAGAAGUAUGAAAUUUUUUGAAAAUUGUGAUGUUUUUUUAAACCAAGAAUGGGGUAAAAAAGAAUAAUUGAAAGUUAAAAAUAAUAUAUUUCUUUUACCCCAACUGUAUAUUUUUUUUUACCCCAAUGUCCAUAAAGUACAUUUUCCAGAAGUUAACACACAACAUAAAGUUAGAACAAAAGAUUAGAUUUUUAUAUAUAUAUAUGUAUGAAGAUAGUUGUUGAAAAUAUGAAAUGCACAUAAGAAAUGAUAUUAAAGUGUAGCUCAGUAAUAUAUCCAAGUAGAAAAAUGCAUACAUAUUUGAGUUAAGUUUGAAGAAUGUUCAGAUUCGAUUCCUGUAUCAAGCAAUAUUCACAGUAUAUAUAGUUUAGUAAUGGCAAAUGGCACCCAUAGCUUGAUAGUCAGAUAAUGCACAGAUAAGACGUUAAUUCAAAUUAAUCAUAUAUUACUGAAGUUUUGAUUUUGAUACCAUUUCUGCAACAAAUACAAACUUAUCUUAACAAAAGAACUAAUAAUAUCAAGAGUGUAUAUAUACUGUUAACUGUAACUUUUCAUUUGAGUCCUUGUUUUGAGAUUUCAUGAAAUUUCUUUAUCACUUCCUUCUCAAUUUCAAAGGUCAUGUGCACCUUUUUACGACUCGCAUCUGUAAGAUUUGGGAUACAAGCACCAGCAAAACAAAGUUUUGCAUCAACUAUUCCUAUGUCUUCUUUCGUCGGCCAAUCCCAUUUUAAGUGAGAAGGGUCACUUGAAUUUUCUACUUUCUUGAAAAACUGCAUUUCCACCUGAUCAGCAUUUGCUUCAACAUCUUCUGCAAAAACCUUCAAAAGCUUGCCCCAGUAAUAGGUUCUAGGCUUUGUCCAGAAUACAGCGAAGAAUUUUCAGUUGUGAUCAUCUAAAUGAUCAAGGGUAGAGUAAGUGUUUUCUUGGCCUUGGUGAUCGGUGUUUUCUUGGCCUUGGUGAUUGGUGUUUUCUUGGCCUUGGUGAUCAGCGGUUUCUUUUUUAUCAUUGGCUUCAUUAAUAACUCCUUGGUUUUCAUUGUCUGACUCUCCUGGGAUAUCUACAUCUUCACCACUUCCCUCUUUUUCUGAUUCAGUGUCAUCACGUACCAUGCCCUUAAGCAUUUUUCGGAAAUCAUGGCCCCUGUUUUUAUAUUGUUUAUUUUUCUUGGCUUGGCUCUUAGCCUUCUUUGCCUUUGCUUUUUGUUGUUUUGUCUUUUCGUUCGAUCUCUUCUUUUCUUUUUUUGCAUUUUCCUCGUCUUCUUUUGCUUUCUUUUUGCCUGCAAUUUUUGCUCAAUACUCAGGACUUGUCAAUACUGCUCCAUUCAUUGAAAUUUUUUGUCUCUUUGGGGCAUCUUUUCCACUUGACGUCGGUGUUGUUAUCGAUGACAUUCUUCUUUUUAAAACCUUUUCAAGACUGUCCGUCUCUUUUAGGACAAGUGUAAUUGCAUCCUUAUAACCUGGCGUUGCAUUACGCUCUAAUAGCUUCAAGAUCUCCUCUGGUUUCAUUAAUUGGUUGGAUUGUGGUGUACCGCAGGAAGCCAUCUGAUCAUCAAAACUUGAAUUGACACUUUCCUCAUCAAUGGAAUCUUGAAAUGAACGCACAGAGAAGGGUAACUUCUUAGCUUUUUUAUACACCGUCGCCCCGUUCUUAACUUCAUCUACAGCAGUGUUAAUAGAGGCUUCAGUGUAUAGUUUGGGUUUUGGUCUAUAUGACCUAACCAUUUUAGAAAGUUUGUUGAUUUACUUAAUAAUAUGCAAUUAUAUAGUUAGUAAUUUAAAAUGAAUAGAAGUAAAUAAUUAUUUUACACCUCCAUCUCCAAUUUUACCAUUAUUACUGUAGUGGGGUAAAAAAAAUAAACAUUGGGUAAUUAAAAAUAUAUUAUUUUUUACCCCAUUUAUCAAAAAAAAAUUGGGGUAAAAAAAACCAUAGUCAUUCCAGAAUAACAGCCUACUCAGAGUAAAA